AUGGGCAUAAAACUUCUAUCAGAUGCAAAGUAUUUGAUUAAAGAAGGAGAGUUGAUCGUUAGAAAUCUGAAUUACAGCGAUGCUGGGCCGUACACAUGUGCAGCCAGAAACAUUCUUGGAUCGUCUGAGGCCACAAGUAACUUAUCUGUUCGAGGUGAGAGAAGUAUUUUACUUUUGAGGUCUCUUAAAUAAGGCCGUUUAAUUUUGUUUGAUAUGUCAUUAUAUGUUUCAUGUCCUCGCAAGGUAAUAAGGUUGCGAGAAUUGAACAUCAUUUUUUUAAACAUCCAAGGAAACCUGUAAGAUGUAAAGGCAUAGUCGAACACCAUCCUCAAUCAAUCAAUCAAUCAAACAAUAACUUGUAUUAUUAACGUGUCAUAGCUUUUAGCGCAACACAAGUGGUGAACUAAUCGGGGACACUCCCCCUGACAUAUUACCUUAGAGUGAGUUAAUUGAGCUAGCCUGAUGCCUCACUGAUGAAACACCUUGUAAAAUGCCUGGGACGAUUCGUGACCUUUUCACACGCUUUUAAUACGGUUUUUUGUAUCUGAGUAGCCGAAUCUUCAAAUUGAAAAAAAAGACACUGAAAGAGUUACUAACCAAUAAUUUGAAUUUCCUUUUCCUUUCUGUUAUACAGAUAAAAAUCUUGUACAAAGUUUCCCGAAAAAGAAAAGAUCUAUGGGUCGUCAUCGUUCUCAGUUGCAAUCGUUUGGACCAUUAGGGCUUUAUAGUAUAAACCAGAUAAUUUUUCUUUUCAGGUCUUCCAAUCUUCACAAAAGUUCCACCUGCACUUGCCACAGCUGUACAAGGCACUACGUUUCAAGUAACCUGUCAAGCAGAAGGCUAUCCUCGUCCUGUAAUAACCUGGAUUCGAGCGGUGCUACCUUUUCCUGCCGGCAGGACUGAGGUAAACAGGGGUACAUUAACCAUUAAGAACCUAAACCCGGCUGACAACGGUUUGUACGAAUGUAUGGCAACGAACAGCAUUGGAACGAAAAAGGCCAGGAUCAAUGUGGCAGUACAACGUAGCUCAGCUGCAGGUUUGUCUUUUGCGGCAAGGCAGGGGGGGAUCUAGGAUUUUUCUAAGGUGGGGUUGCACCUCGAAGGAAUUGCUUAACUGACUGGUGACGUAAACCAGGAGCCUAUUACAUUAGGCUUUUUCAGUGCCAAACUACCAUUUUUACGGUGUUUAACAUAAAUGCUUCAACCUCGCUUGAUGUUUUACUUCAACACCAAUAAACCACAUAGUUUUAUUUGCAGUAUACCAGUUGUAUUAGAAAGCCGAAGGUCAUCUUAGGGGUGUGCAGUGCUCACCCCUGCGCCCUACCCCUAGAUCCGCCCAUGUAAGGUCUGCACAGACAUAAAUUGAACAUUUAGUGACAUGUAACAUAAUCCUUAAUGGAGACCAUGGUUUACAGAUUGUAGAGAUUGAACAGCCAUUAUAUCCAGUUCAAGACAAAUUUGUUACGGCACUAUCACAACAUCACUCAGACUUCUUAACUUGAAUUUGUAUAGUAUUGACAGUGAUGGUCUUUCAUAUUGCUAUUAAACGAGGGUCAUUGUUAGAGGUUGUCCUGUGUGUAGUAGGUUCUUAAAGGGAAAGGGGGAGCCUUCACUAGAGUUUGAAUUUGAAAUACUAAAACCAGACUAAAACGUUCCUCGCCAGAAAAUAAAGUGGUACUUGAUAUCCAGUCUCUUGUCACUUGGAUACCGUUACACUUGACAAGGAAAUCAAUUAAUGAAGAAUUUUUAAACAGUUCUACUUAUAUCCUUGGCCAUAACAGUGUUUUUUGCCAAAUAAAAGAAGUAGAUUUUGUUUCCUCCCAGGUUUGCACGACUCCGUUAUUGUGGGAAGCAACAAAAAUUAUUUAACCUCGUUAAGCAACUGGCUGGCACCUGUGGCAAAAAGCGUUAAUUCUCUCUGGAAACGCUGUUGGCGUGCAUCUGUGGACGGCUGGGCUGAAAAGUACAUUUCACUCCCAAUGUGACGGCAAGGGCCCGACUGUGACAAUAAUAAGGGUCGGGAGAUACAUUUUUGGAGGAUACACCAGUAAAUCCUGGCGUAAGUGCGCAUUGUAAGGGGCGGUUAUCUGUACCUUUGCAGUUACUUGCAUGGAUAUGUUGGGCUAAAAGUGCAGCUUGAUAGCUUGGUACUGAGCAAUGUGGAGUCAGUUUGACCUUGCAUGGUUAAGGUCUCGGUAAAUGAAAAUUUUAGUACAUUGCUCGAUUUUGUUUUUUUUGGAUUUUUGGCAUGAAUGGGUCCUAAAUUUUAUUUUGGCAGAAAAAGAAAAUCAGAAAGUGCUUUUUAACCCUUCUAAAAUGAGCCUUUUCUGAGCUAACCAGCUAAGCGUGGACCUCGCGCUAAAUCUUUAAAGCUGAUUUUCUCUCACUCUAUUUUAGACGCAAAAAUCAAAAUUCUCCGACCUCCAGUCGGGACAGGUUAUAAGCUAUCGCUUUGAAACUUUCAGAUAUGAUGGAUAAUGAUAUAGACUCAAAAAGGGUGUGAGGAAUUUUCCGAUUUCCCUUUGUAACUUUUUCUAUGUCAGUUUCUUUGCGUAAAUCGCGCUCGAGAUUAGACGUUUUAGUUUGAAAUGCAAUAAUUCCGCUAAUACGAGACAUAUGCAAAUUUCCUCACACCCUUUUUUAGGUCUUUUAUCUGUCAAUCAGAUGCAAUAAAAAGGAAGUGAAUAUUUAACAACGCGAAAGGGCUGGAGCUUCAGCAGUAAACUCGAUACCUCUGAGUUCGAGAGCAAAUAACUUAAGCGCCUUUUGAAAUUCGAUGAAAUAAAAUCUUUUAUAAGGUAAUUUAGUCUUUUAGCUUUAAUUUGAUAUAUAACAUGCCUUUGUAGCGAAAAUACUCGCGCGACUAGAAUUUUUUUCUCUGGGCACCUCGUUUUCCUUUACCGAGACCUUAAGCAGUAGCCGAUAAAGGAUUCAGGUUGGCGGAUCUAGGUUCGGACGCGCACCCCCUCGCCCCUCUAAAACCGAGGACCCCCCUCCUUGACUCACAAGGAAUUAGCAAAUGUGGCAAAAAAACAAUUACAGCAACAGAUUUUUUUGUCGAUCAUGAUUUUGACAGAUUUGCUCUAUACAAGUUACAACAGGAAAUAUCUAAUCACCCGACGUUUUCUUUAUUAUUCUUCAAAUAUUUUUUGCUCGAAUCUAUUGCUUUGUAAUUGCAAAUUUUUGCUUUAAACAGCUCUCAUAGACGAAAACCUUAGCUCCGGUAAGCGAACAGUCUCUUAGGUUUCAGGACCCCGAUUGUUAACCUCCCGUUCAAAAAGUGACUGCUUGUGGGAGGUUUUAUUGCAAGCAAUUUUAGUUUAAUUUUUAAAAUAAAACACUGCAGGCUCCUGACACAUUCUCAUGGUUAUUUUAUCAAUAAUUUAUAAAAUACUUAGCAUCUGUAAAUUUUGUUCCAUUAAUUGUAUACUACUAGGCGACCCAGUGAUUUACAUUUUUCGUUUUAAUCGGAUGUGUUUGGAGUUAUUCUUGUCGAGGGUAUAGAUGUAAGUAGGGUCAUGAUUAAUCAUGAGUGGAUUUCAAGUCAGGGGUAAUCGGCUGUGUAUUCCAAAGUGUUUAUUUGCUUUUUUAAUGUUAAAUGGAAUGAUAUAUGUUGACAAGAGAAGAACUAAAAAAAUUCUUGAGUUCCAGAUAGGAAUUAAACCCGCGACACCAUCCAUGACGUAUCCAUGAGCUAUUGGGAACUUUAGUACUGGGCUGGCAAAAAGACAGUGCCAUAUCGCGCCCUCAUUUAUUUUUAUUUUUUAUUUUUUUUUUUUUGUGAUGUGUCUGGUGUUCAUUCUACAAAAACAUACAUAUAUCAGUGUGAAGGAAGGUAUAAAAUAUAAACGAACCUUUAUCUUGUUGCAUGUGUCACUGCACAUGACGGGUGCCUUUUGCAAGUGAGUAUCAGAAAAAUAUCCCAAAUGUCACUUUUAUUCCAUCUCUAUUUUGUUGUAGGUUCUGGCUCUGGGUAUUGGUACGACUCAAACGCCUUUUUAUUCUCACUUGUAAACAAGCCAGGAUUGGCACCCGUUAGGCUGCCUCAGACAGGGAAAUAUAGCUCCAGAAGGCAACAUUCCAUAGAAGAUAUUGCAUCACACGGGCCUUCAUUCGGAGGAGGACAUGACAUUCACAUAACAGACUUCGCGUCAUCCAAACGCAGUUCGUUUAGUAACCUUGGCUAUACUUACAGCCCACCGAGCGGGUACAGUUACGGCAGCACCUUCGCCCAAACAUUCCUGGCAGGAACAUACGCGUUUACACCAGGGGAAAUAGAAACGUUUUAUGAAACAACGCAAGUUAAAUAA